AUGUCCAAUGAGUAUUACGCACUCAUUCUUGAAUUCAAUGCUCGAGUGGUGAAAUUAGGCUUUGCACGUGAAGCAAUUGAGCAUGUUCAAUUAACUCCAUCUCACCCUACUUGGCAGAAAUAUGCCUUUCAACAACAGAGCCAAGUCGAGCCAUCAUUCCUCGGGUUGUCAUCGCACUGCCUUGAUAACGAUUUAAAGAUUCAAUUGUUGGGAAAUUCUCGUUCUGAUUCGGCACUUGAGAGAAUGCUAGAACAAUAUCAAAAGGACUAUGAUCUGGUACAAUGGUUCGAUUGGUCAACAAAUGGAUUUGUUGAACUUUCUCGCUUGGUUCGUCAUUUAAUUUCCACUUCUCUUUUGGUUUCUCCCUUAUUCACAAAAUUGUUUGUGGUGGAUAAUGGGCUUCUGGCCCUGUCGAAGCGUAUGUUUUGUGAAACAAUGACAAAGAUGCUGACAUGUGCCGCUGUUGUAUUCCUUUCAUACUCUUUAUGCACAUCCAUUGCUUCUGGAGUUUCUGAUGCACUAGUCAUAGAUUUUGGCUGGGAGACAUGUAAGAUUUACACUGUCAUUGACUAUAGAGUCGUUCGUAGUGAAGAGUUUGUUGAGUUCUCGCAUGAAAGUAUUCACUACCGUAUCAUGAAGGAUCGAGGCACUAACUCUUUCUCUGAGAUUGAAAUAUUUAUACAAGACGUUGUUUGCGAUAGUGAAGAUGUGUUUGCAGAAUUGGGUUUGGAGCAAUUGCCAGAGGUAAUAGCCAAUCUGAUUCAGAAAUCCGCAAUUGACAACAGACCGCUUCUAUCUCAAAACAUUAUUAUCACUGGUUUUUUUGCUCAAUAUAGUCGAUUCCAAAUCGCGUGUUUCCAGGAAACCACAAAGGCUUUGCAGACAUUAUCUGCAAACGGUCUUGAGAAUCUCGGCGCUUGGUGUGGUGCAUCAAUUUACUGUUCUACAAUACUUUUUACGGAAAAUUAUGAUGAUUGGAAGCAUAUGCAAAUCGGCAGCGGAAAGCUUACCGUCGAAAGCGCUAGGGAGUUAGAACGCUACCAUGGAUAA